AUGCUCCUCCUGAAGAACCUCGCCGCGCAGUGCCGCGCCGAGGGACGGCCGCUGGUGUUCUCGCUGGAGAUGCUGAACCGCGAUAUGCAGGGGACGUUGGACAAGUACUUCGCCGACGAGAUCUCGGAGCGCGACUUCCUGUACGCGUGUAGGGACUCUGGGAGCCUGUGGCCGAACUACAUCACCGACUACCGACCGCUGGUCAACUUCUGCAAGGAGGCUGGAGUGCGCGUUGUUUGUGCCAACGCACCUUCAUUCAGCCUGCGGGUCGUCGGACAGGAGGGCCCCGAUGGCCUGCAGCGCCUCUCGGCGGCGGAGCGAGAGCUCCUGCCGUCCCUGCCGUACCCGCCUGCGUCCAAGGCAUACAGGGACAAGAUGGCCUUCAUCAACAAGGAAAGCCCGCACGGCUUCUCCGAUCGCCUGAUGGAAGUACAAGCGCUGUGGGACGCCUCGAUGGCUGGCAGCGUGCUGGAUGCAAUCAAACCCGGCUCGGGUGGCUCGCAGCCGUUCUGCGUUCACGUGUGUGGGCGGCUGCACGUCGAGGACCGGAUGGGCGUGCUGUCUCAGCUCGACCAGUCCGGACGCAGCGUUGGCUGUCUCUUGAUCUAUCCAAGCCGGGGUCAGAUCUCGGGGCUGUCUCCUAAGGAGUUCAAGCAGCUACCCAUCUCUUCGCGGGGCGGGGACUUCGUGGCGCUGACCGACUUGAACCUGGCGCGGACCUUCCGAUGA